UCUUCAUCAGUACCUUGAGCUUAGAUUUUAGGGUUUUCGAAAAAAUUGAUCCUUUCAUUCAUGACUGAAACCUGUGAACCUUUUGGUAUAAUCGAUUAAGGUUUAAAGAUUCUCCAUCUCUCCGCAUUCACAUUUGAAUGUGAAUCGGUUUGUGCCGGAAUCUCUAGAUGACGACUGGGAACACCGGAGAAUAACAGAAUCAGCAGCAGCAGCCAAAGUGGACGGCGUUUUUAACGAAGCUACUCGCGAACCUUAUAGUCAAUCAGGUCCAUAAAGGAAACAGAGUCAACAAUUCCUUCUCUAAUAAAGCUUGGAACUUUAUAACCGAUGAGUUUUACAAAAGAAGUGGCCUCAAAUGGGAUAAAGAACAUCUCAAGAACAGAUUUUCUUUUCUCAGACGCCAAUUUUCAGUCGUUAAAUUGCUUCUGGCUCGAGAUGACUUCAUCUUUGAUGAAUCCAGUGGUUCUGUUAUUGCCACUGAUGAGGCGUGGGACAAAUAUGUAAAGGAGUAUCCAGACGCAGAGUCUAUUAAAACAGGUGGUUGUCCAAUUUACAAGCAGUUGUCGCAGAUAUUCGCUGAAGAUUCCAUGACAAACGGGAAACAUGUUUUGCCUCAAGCUAAAACGGAAUGCUUGUCUGAGUACGAUGAUGCCGCUGCAUUUUGUCCUCCUACUCCCAAGAGGAGGCGUAUUAGUGGCGUCGAGGCUGCUAUUGCUGAUGCUAUACUUGAAAUGGCGGCUGCAUCGAAGCUGCGGACUUCUGCUUUGACGCAGCUGGCGAGCAGGUUCUCUCUUUCCGAGUGUAUCAGAGAGCUAGAUCAGAUUCAUGGCUUAGAAGAGAAUGUCUAUUUUGCGGCACUCGAGUUCUUCAAUAACUCAAGUGCAAGGGAGACAUUCUUGUCGUUGAAAAGUGACUUGCGUUUGGCUUGGCUUCAAUGGAAAUGUUCCUAAAAGGUUGGCUUCGAUCAAGCAAAAACAG